AUGACUGAGAAAUUGCAAUUAAUUGAUCCACAUCCAGACCUCUUCCUCUGGAAGAACAGUUUUUCGCUACCGAGUGUCCUCUACACUCUCCGAAGUACCCCUUGUUACCUCGAACAGGAUUUCUUAAAUGAGAUAGAUAUCACAAUUAAGAGAUGCGCGGAGCUAAUUUGCAACGUUAAUUUCGACGACACAGGCUGGAGGCAGGCAAAGCUCCCUUUGAGUUUCGGAGGCCUGAGCCUUCGAUCAGCGGUAGAUUUGGCCCUUCCAGCAUAUCUUUCUUCACUUUCGUCCAGUCGCGAAUUAAUUGAUGAGAUACUCGGUGGAUCGUCUCAGUGUUUCUCGGGUAUUUCUUUCGAACAAACUUGCAGCGCCUGGGCCCAAAAAUCACUUUCUAUCCCACUAGACACAUCAAAACAAAAAAGCUGGGAUAAAAUAAAAUGCGAGACCAAUUUUACUAAUUUGAGGCUCUCUCUGGAUCAGCAUCGCCUCGCCUGUCUACUAUCUGCUUCACAACCGAUUAUUGGCGCCUGGCUUAACGCAGUGCCCUCUUCAUCUACCGGUGGUUUGCGCACAUCACAAUCUAUCUAUGUUGCCACCCUGUCUUGUUUUCUUUUUUGUUCUUUUGGGUCCAGUUUGCUACAUUCACUGACUACAUCAUUUACUGUUUCAUUUCUUGCUCCACAGAAGCGACAUCUGUUCUCUUUUCUGGGUUUCCGCAAUCCUCAACUUGACUUUUCUUUCCCUUUCUUCUUUGUCUUCUUUUUACUUAAAUUGCUCAUCUUUUUUUUCUUUUUCUUUUAUUUCUCCUUCUUCCUCGUUUUCUUUCUUUGUUUUCUUUGUCCUUUCCUGCUUCCCCUCUUCAUAUUUGCUGAUUAA